AUGAUAAUAAGAUCAAAGGCGGGCAUAUUCAAGCCAAAGCAGAUCCUCAGCCUUACCUGCUCUGCUGAUAACAACUCUACACCUCUGACAUAUAAACAGGCGUCCAAGCAUCCACAUUGGCAGAUAGCUAUGCAAGAAGAAAUAAACGCUCUCCAUAAACAACAGACAUGGUCUCUUGUACCCGUUCCUCCAAACAAACCUAUACUAGGAUGCAAAUGGACUUACAAAACCAAAAUGCAUCCAACGGGCAAGCUGGAUCGUUACAAAGCAAGACUCGUAGCUCUCGGAUACAACCAAACUUACGGUGAAAAUUACACCGAAACAUUCAGUCCAGUUGCGAAGAUGACAACCAUACGGAUCGUCCUCAUCCUUGUCGUCAAUCGUAGGAGGAAAAUGCUCCAACUGGAUGUCUCAAAUGCCUUUCCUGCACGGUGA